AUGUCGGACGGCAAUGAAACGCAGUAUGGUCUGCCCGAUGAAGACCUGCUUGUUAUGAAGCUAUAUCUCCUAGACAGUUCUAUCGAGGGGGCAUUCUAUGGGUUUUAUCUACUCCUUGCCCUGCUCGCAUUGUACAACCUCAUCCCUUGGAACGGCCGUUCGAUCUCUCGAUCCAAAGUCAUUUUGCUUUUCUCGACUUUGGUCAUGCUAGGCAGCACGACAGGAAUCGUCAUGAUCAGAGCUGCAUUGUGGAUCAUCCAAUUACCACUCUUCGGCUUCGAUCCGCCAGACAAUUCUCGAGUAGUCGCGCGACUUUUCGUCUCGGGCUGGUGGCUUACCAGGAUCAACUGCAUCAUCGGGGACGCGAUUGUGGUAUGGAGAGCCUGGAUCUUGUGGGACCGGCACCUUGUCGCCCGUGUAUUACUGGCUUUCUGCAUGUUUUGCACCUUCGCUGGGGCGAUCUCGGAUGGGGUCUUCAACACGUUGGGCAUGUACGACGAAGAUGCCUACACCUGGGCUGAGUCACCUGGCCUCAAAACGGGUGUUCUCCUUUCUGUUCCUCUCCUUACAACCAAUAUUUGUGCGACUUCUCUCGUCGGUAUGAGAGCAUGGAAGUAUCGGAAGUCCAUUGCCCGAAACCUCGGCAAUGAAGAUCGGAAAACUCAAGCGGAGAGCGUCCUUCUCGUUCUUGUGGAGACCGGGGUGUUCUACAUCUUCAUCUGGAUCAUUAUUAUGAUAGACGAUAUGGCAGUGAUACCUGUGCUCGCAGGACCGGUGUUGGUGGCCAUGCAGAACCUCAUAGUGCCUAUGUACCCCACCAUAGUCAUCCUCCUUUCCACCCUCGACAGAGCUCCAGCAGAGACAAGAUUCGGGACUCGCGGCAUCGGCGGAUCCAUGAAAUUCGCUCCACCACCGCCCACGUUAUCGCGUGCUAUGCCGGAACCUCGGUCAAGAUCGUAUGACCGGACGACACCCAGCCAACUAUAUUCGUCGGGAGUGAGAGUACCGAUGGAUACCUUGGACUCUACGUUGAGACAUAGCAGGGAGUCAUAUCAGUGUGGACUUGAAUCUGAUAGUGGGAGUGCAGCUGUAGCAAGCGAUGGGAUCAAGGAUGUGACGACUGAUAGGCAGGAGAUGUAUGACAGGUCUUCGUCGCGCCUCGACGAGGUUGUUCCAUAG